AUGGUAGGAGAUGAUGAUUCGAAGCACCAAGAUGAUAAAGAGACGGAUGGUGGAGAGGUCAGCUCUCCUGCGUCUCAGGACCACCAUAGCCACCAGCAACAUUUCACAGAGGAGGAGGAAGAGGUGGAGAAGGGAGAGCAGACUUCAAAUUUCGUUGUGGUUGAGUAUGAUGACCUCCCUGAGAAAUCAUAUGAUGGAGCUGUAUCAGGGAGUUCUAGUAGUAGCAGUAGCAGUUCAGAUGAUGAAUCACAUAAUUUUGAAAAGAAUAAAGAUACCAAACACAAUGCUUCAGUUGAUUCAGCUAAGGAAAAGGAUUCAUUGUCUGAGAGGCCGGCUGAGGUUAUUCAUGGUGCUUUGGAGGAACAGGCUGGUGAUUCAAUUGUGCAAACUUGCCCUGUUGUUCACUUGGAGAAGGUUUCAUUGUUGAAGGCUGUAUCAAAUUCAUUUGGGAGUUCAUGGAUCAGGGGAGAAUUUCAAGAGAGGUUGAAGGCUGUACUAAAGGAAGUUGAAGAAGCUGAAGGGAAACCUAUGCUUGCAAGAGGUCAGUUGCGUUGCAUUGGCUCUACAACUCUGGAGGAGUACAGGAAAUAUGUGGAGAAAGAUGCUGCAUUUGAGAGGUGUUUCCAGCAGGGUUUUCUCCUUGAACGCAAGCCUGAAAAUGCUGCUGCAAUCACUUUGUCUGAUGCAAAGAGGCCAGUUAUAAUGGUUGAACUUCAAAAGCUAGUCAGUGAGUGGCCUUUGGAAAUUUUAAAGCAUCAAAAAGAGGAGAGCAGAAAGGCAUCGGCUGCUGCAUUAAAAAAGGAUAUUCCUGCCAUGAUCAAUGCAUUAUCGAGCUUGGGUUUGGACGUGAAUGUUAAUAAGGAGAACCUGACAGGGAAAUAA